AUGCUUCAGUGGAUUCCACACCAUCAGGGACAGAAAUGUCUGACCAAAACGUCCGCAACGCUGGCUUCACUCCCUCCGGGAUCACGGCAGGAUCGCUUGGCUCAUCGAUGAUGUCCCAGGAAGCAAAAGCAUCUGGGGGAGGUGUGCGUUCUGGAGGCCCUACCUCUACUCUCCAAGAAUUGGGUGCCAGAGGCUCAACCCAUUCAACAGGUUUUACCUGCAGCGGGAUCUCCAGUGGAUCCACGGCCUCCCAGAUGAUGUCCAGGGAGGCCACAGCCCACGGAGGUGGAACUCCCAGGGGUGGUACAACUUCCACUGUCCAGUCCAUCUCUAUGGGUGGUAAAGGAGGAAGGCGCUGAAGUGAAGAAUAACAUCAGUCCGGAAAUAAGCUCUGCAACCAGUUCAUCCUUUACCAAUACAGAAGUUUGACAGCUUCUCCCCUUCUUUGUUCUCACUGUCACUGACAUAAAAGGCAAAGUCUUUUUCACAUGCACAAAUAAAGUUUAC